CCGAUUGCCGAAAUAGGAAUUGCCCAAUAAGUAUACUGGGUCUUCGUUCGGCUGAGAUUUACCACACCGCCUCCGAAUCUCUGGUUCCAGCUUCUCAGUGCCGAAAGAGACCUUUCAUCAGGCCGAGCCAACAUGACAGGCCCGGAAGCAGAUCAGGCCAUGGCCCAUAUCAACUUACCCUCGCCUCCUUUCAUCCACGUCCCGGGCCUCGCGAACCUGCGGGACGCCGGGGGGUACGCUAUCGAAGGUCAACCGGGCAAGGUAAUCAGGCGCGGCGUGCUCUUUCGCUCCGCCGACCUGACCAAACUUGAGGAUGAAGGCGUCGCCGUUCUUCGCCCACUAGGAAUCACCCACGUAUUUGACCUGCGGUCAGUGAUCGAGCUUGCAAAGGACGGCAACCACCCGCCGAAGACCUGGGAGGGAGCCACCCGAGUGUUUGUGCCCGUCUUCUUGGACGAGGAUUACAGCCCCGAGGCUCUGGUGUCGCGCUUCCGGGAUUAUAGCGACGGCCCAAAGGGCUUUGUGAACGCCUACACCACCAUCCUUGCCUCCGCCGCCGAUCCGGACCACCCAUACUCGCCCUUCCGUACCGUUCUCGAGCACAUCGCCUCGUCGACGACGCCUUCACCGCUGCUGGUCCACUGUACCGCCGGCAAGGACAGAACGGGCGUCCUCAUCGCCCUCAUCCUCUCGCUCUGCGGCCUCGACGACGCCGUCGUCGCGCACGAGUACAGCCUGACCGACCUGGGGCUGGCGCCGCGCAAGGAGGAGAUCGUCCAGCACCUGGUCCGCGGCGAGGCGCUGUUUGGGGACCGCGAGCGCGCCGAGCGCAUGGUGUCCGCGCAGAAAGAGUACAUGCUCGGCACCCUGGCCAUGAUCCGCGAGAAGUAUGGGUCCGUCGAGAGCUACGUCGUCGACCACCUCGGUGUAUCACGCGCGAGCAUCGAGCAGAUCCGGCAGAACCUGAUCGUCGACCUGGCCGAGGGCGAGGAGGCACUGGACUGGAGCAGCCACGCCGCCGGGCUGGAGGGUCAACCCCGUCUUUAGAUUGGUUGGUUGGCUACACUACAAGAUAUGGUUGUGAUAGAGAGGUAGCAAGGCCGCUUUUUGCGGGCUUUCAUCUAGACCAUCCCAGACUAACUACUACUAAUUCAUACAAGGGCUCGCCGCU